AUGGCAAACGAUCCCAUCCUUAUUGUCGGUGCAGGCAUAAUAGGCCUUACCCUCGGCCAAGCCCUGAAAAAGCGAAAUAUCCCAUUCAAAAUCUACGAACGAGACCCCUCCCUCGCAAGCCGCUCCCAAGGCUGGGCCAUAACCCUCCACUGGGCCCUGCAAUACCUCCCCGCCCUCCUCCCACCGGAGACCCUAAGCGCAAUCGAAGACGGCCAGGUUGACCCAGAGGUUGCAAAGAACGACACGGGCAAUUUCCUCUUCCUCGACCUCAGCACGGGGGAUGUGAAAUGGCGUAUCCCGCCGAAUAAACGGUGGCGGGUGAAUCGUGAGAAACUGCGCAGAGCUCUUUCGUUGGGGAUCGAGGAGCAUGUCGAGUGGGGUGUUAGGGUUGAAGACGUUCACGUCACAAAUAAGCUGGGAGCAGAAGGAGAAGGAGAAGCACGUCUUAUCUACAGCAGACGCAGUCCAGAUACAACUGCCCCUGGAGAACUAUGCGGAACUGAACAAAGUCCCCCCGGAAAACUCAUAAUUGGCACCGAAGGCGCACGCUCCACGAUCCGGCAGUUCCUCUGUCCGACGACAUACAAGAAUACCCGUCUCCCCGUGCGAUUCACGGGGGUUAUUACAUCCUUCACAGCCGAGGAGAUUGCACCACUGCGCGCAAUGGAUCCGCUACUCUUCCAGGGCUGUCAUCCGGAAACGGGUGUAUAUUUGUGGUUUUCCAUGCUUGAUACACCGACAGAGGAUGAGAUUAGCAGUGGCAGUGGUAGAUACAAAGUGCAACUCGGCAUCUCCUGGCAUGUUAAAUCCCCUAACGAUGAAGUCCCGUCGUCAAAUGCAGAUAGGUUGGCGAAUAUGAAGCGCCGGGCUGAAGAGUUCGUUCCGUUCCUGUAUGACACUAUCCAGCGUAUACCGGAGGGCACGGAGGUUGUGGAGGUUACCCUGGCAGAUUGGGGGUGCCCGGUCUGGGAUAAUAGGGAGGGUAGGGUUACACUUGCUGGGGAUGCGGCGCAUGCGAUGACUAUGUAUCGCGGGGAGGCGUGCAACCAUGGUAUUCUCGAUGCAGUGCACCUUGUUGAAGCUAUUGAGAAGGUCUAUGCUGGCAAAAAUUCCAAAGAUGCAAUAGAUGAGUACGAAGCUGAAAUGCGAGAGCGGGCACAGGCCGCUGUGUUGCUGAGUCGACAGGCUUGUCUGGAUGCUCACGAUUGGGAAUCGCUUAAUGAGAAUUCGGCGAUUUUGAAGAGGAGGGCGCUUAAAUAG